CCGGACUGGUGACUGUUAGCUGUUAGCGGCUAAUGCCCUCACAAGGCUGUGAAACCUAGCAUAGCAAAUCUGUUUUCACAACCUUUAAACAGAGUGGGAUUUACCUGUGAGCCUUCGCAUUGGACUUUAGACUUGUUUAUAAGACUGUUUUAUGAUAUUUAUGACCCUUUGAUGCCUGGUUUGAUUUGAUGACAGAGUGAGACGUCAAAGCGGUUGUCUGACCUAUCUCUGCAGAGCAAAGAUUUUGGCCCCUCUUUUCUCCUCCCUGCCGGUCUGUUUUAAAGCUGGGAGCACCAUGAUGCAAGAGGUGUCUGCCAUUAUCUCCAAUGAUGCUCUGGUGGCCGAGGAGCUGAGCGAGGAGGAGAUCCUGGCCUGUCUGGCGGCCGACUCUGGACCCUUCUUCACUGUGCCCACCAAGAAAGCCAAGCUGAGGGAGAGCCGGCUGCAGAUCAUGGACAGUGAUGACGAGGAGGACUCCCUGGACAAAUAUCUGAAGGAGAACCAGCGCCUCCAGGAGGCCAGUCUGCGUCUGGAACAGGAGAACGAUAACCUGGCCCACAGGCUCAUCUCCAGUAAGGUGGCCCUGAGGAGUGCUCUGGACCAGGCAGAAGACAAAGUAGAUGUGCUCUCCAAAGACCUUGUAUUUACACAACACGAACUGCAGGUCACACAGGACCAGAUGAGGAGCAAAGAGGAGGAAGCAACCAUGUUAAAAGAUGUAUUCAGAAAAGAGCUGGAGAAGGCUGACCAGAACAUCCAGAGGUCUUCAGGCAUCAUUGCAGACUAUAAGCAGAUCUGUUCUCAGCUAACGGAGCGCCUAGAGAGGCAGCAGGCAGCACACAGGCAGGAGAUAGACUCAAUCAAGAGUGCAGUGAAGAGUUGCAGCAGCUGCUCACAUGCGCUGGACACACUGGAGACCCCUGGUGGACACGAGGAGGAGGAGGCCAUGUCCACCAGCACAGGGACAUGUCCUCAGGCUCCACAGGACAGCAGUAGAGACGGCAAAGAAAAGGAGUCCUUCAAAGACCAGAUCCGAGAACUGGAGCAGGAGCUGGCCCGCACCAAGCUGCAGAUGGUGGAGGCCAAGUGUAAGAUACAGGAGUUGGAGCACGAAACCAACCUUCUAAACACCAGCCUGCAGGAAGCCCGCAACAACUGGCUGAGUAAGGCCUUCACGUCCCUGCGCUCCUCCUCGUCCUCCAGCACGCUCCUGCACCUCCACAUGGGGGCGCUGCACACAGGGAGCACACAGGACGGGGGCAGUACGGAGCCCAAAGAGACACAGCACCCCUUCAGCAGGGCCGGUCUGAAAGCCCCAGUGUGGAACAUAAGGAAGAUCUCAUGGCCCCAUCAAAAAGAACUCCAACACAACCAGUGACCUUUGACCUCAUAACCCCGGGCUGGUCCUGGGAUCACGCAGGCAUGGACAAAUAUGUGUAAAUACGUGUCAGAGUAUCGACAAGCUUAAAUCAUGGGGUUACAAAUAGUUUAACCUGUUAUAGGGCCAAGUGAAAGAAGCUAUGUAAAUAACCUGGCAUUUAUAAAACUUGUUGAAUGUUUGAAGGUUCCAUAGUACUGGCAUGCAUAUGGGUUGUUAAAUAAAUAAAGCAGCUUUUGUAGUUAUUC